AUGCAGUUGUUCGUGAAAACCCACGACGGAACUCAGAGUCUUUGCUUUGAGUCAACUCAGAUGCAAAUCGGAGAGUUGAAAGAGGAAAUUGCCUCAAGACUCUCCAUUCAAAGCCAAUAUUUUUAUCUCACUCAUCAAGGUCGUUGUUUGAAUGAGUUGAGCACGGCCGAAGAGUCCGGGCUUCACAAUGGAUCAUCCAUUCAUUUGAUCCCUCGUUUGCCUGGAGGAGGAAAUCGAGAAUGGAUGAGCAUGAAGGACAAGGAACUCGCUUUCAAGCAUAACGUCGACAAAAUGGUCUGUCGCCGUUGCUAUGCUCGUCUUCCCCCAAAAGCCACUCAAUGUCGAAAGAAAGAUUGUCGAUCGACUGAUAUACGAAAGAAGAGCAAUAAUCCGAAUAAG